CUUUCUCUCUUUGCUCGUUCCAGCAUGGACGUAGGAGUGAUCCCAAGACGGCACAACCCUGUGGACAGCAUCUGCCGCAAACUGCAGACCAUUCAGCGACGAGAUCAAGAGGUUAACUCUCCUUUUCAGAUACCCAAGUUCCAGUCCAGCAGCUACGACAGCCCUCAUUCGGGGCUGCGCCUCAACCUGGAGACCAUCCUGAAGAAGCAUGGUGUCCGAGCUGAUGAAGACUCUGACUCCUCUGUGGGCAUGCUGACCCCCACAGCCUCCCCAGGGCCGGGGUCUGGCACCCAAACCCCUCAUGUCCCCAUAACUCCUGCCAAUGCCACUUACACCAUCACCAGCACUUUAGGCACACUAGGAGAGAGGAGACCCACCGCACAGACAUAUAGCCGGCCAUUUCGACGCAACUGUUCCACCCCAGCAGCCCAGACUGGAGACAAUUAUUUCAAUUUCACCCCACGUUACACCACACAAACUUUGUUAGAGGAGCCUGACACUGGGAAGCUCCAACCACCUGGCUUGCUCUCAUAUAACCUGAACUUCUCCUCGGAUAUGUCUAACAUGGACAGUGAACUUCCCUACCCAGCCCUUGUGGUUAAGAGACUUUCAUUGGGCGAGGGAUCUAUGUUUCCCUCUGAGCCCAAGAAAGAGAGCAUGGCAGAGGUUAGUCUGAUUUGUGAGGAAGACCUGUUGGACACAAUUUUCCAGGCCUGUGAUACACAGUGCAGAGGUAAAGUUUAUGUGUCACACAUUGUGGACUUCUUGAGACACACCACCUGUCGCAGUUCAGAAGACAGUGGUCUAGAGGAGCUGUGCAAUAUGCUGGAUCCAGAGCACAAGGACAUCUCCAUAGACCUAGACACGUACCAUGCCAUCAUGAAGGAGUGGAUUGAUGACUGCCGCAACCAGGAGAAGGACUCAAAGAAUGACACCCAUCAGGAAUCUUUCAAACUGCUGGACAGUUUAUCAGCAAAGAGAUGUGCUCUUCUAAAUAUGACGUCAGGCAGUCUAGAAGCAUUUGGAGGGGAGGCCUCCAGAGCAGAGCUAGAGACGUCGGAUCUGGUGUUCUGUGUGGCAGAUCUGCAGCUAAAUAAUCAGAAGCUCCAGGAGGAGGUUCGUAAACUGAAACAGACGGCAGAGAACAUGGAGGACACCAACCAGAAACUUAUUGAGGAAAAUGAAGAGCUCAAGGCUCAGGCUAAAAUGGGGCAGCAGUUAUUACAGAAGGAGAAGAUGCUGAAAGAGGAAGUUGAAGAGAUGAAAUUAAGCCUGACGUCCUCUGAAGAGAGUCGAGCUCAGGCCUCAGCUCAGAGAAAGUAUAUGGAGCGAGAAAACCAAAGUCUCAUAUCCAAGAUUGCUGCUCUACAGGAAGAGAACAUGAAAGUCACACUGGAUGCAGAGGAGCUCCAGAAAAAGAUGAGUGACCUCUGUGACCUUAACGCUGACCUUCAGGACCAAGUUCAUUCAUUUGAUGCUGUUCUGGCUGAGAAAGAGUCAAUAAUUCAGGAGAAAAAUAAACAGAUUGAUGAUCUGAAGGUGGUCAUUGUGGAGUAUUCCUCAGUUACAGAGCUGCUGAGAGCAGACAAGAACAAACUGGAGUGUCAGAUGCAGAUGAUGCAGCCUGAUAUGAGCAUACCGGGUCUUUCUCUCUCUGUGGCGUACAGACUCAAUCAGAUGAGUUCAGGCUCUCUUCAGACAGAGUUGGCAAUGGCACAGAAUCCCUUGGAGGGUUUGGAGCAUCUCUCCUCCUCUGUCUGUUUUGCGUCCUCUCUGGAUGAGACUCUAGAUCGUGAAGUCCUUCUGCUGCUCCAAGGCCCGACGCCAGAGCAGCUGUCUCUGGAAUUUAAAGCUCUGAUCAGCAGACUAAAGAGGGAGUUCAAGCAGGACGGGGUGACCUUUCUCACAGCACUUAGAGGUGUUUCAGAGAGCAUUGAAACUCAGGAGGCCAACUCUGACUUCAAGCUGCAGGGCCUGGAGGUGCAGCUUGAGCAGAGAAGAAAUGACUGGAGCCGCAGUCUCGAGCAGUUAGACCAGUACACAGACUCUCUAGAGAAGGAGCUUCUGAAGAUGGCCAGCAACAUGAGACGGUCUCGUACGGAGAUUCUGCACUUGUCUGUCAAGGUGCAAGAGCAGGAGAGUCAGAAACAGCAGUUGCGGGAGGAACUCGACCGGCUUAAGACACCGCUGGACAACAGAGAGGCCAGCAGCCAAACACCAGAUCAUCUACAGCAGGUAGUGGAAGAGCUGGAUGGCCCCUGUCUUGAAUGGGACGAAGAAUAUGUGUUGUCUGAGUCACCUCCUUUACAAGAGCUCAGACCUGAUCAGGAAAUGCUCCAGGAACUGGAAGAUGAAGAAGAGCUGCAGGCCUUGAAAGAGGAGGAGGACCAGACUGAGACCAUAAGUGACAAGAUCCAGGUAGUCAUGGAUAGGACUGAGGGAGAAGGUGAAGCAACGCAGGAUUCAGGAGUAGAAACUGAGGAGCUUCAAAGAGACUCUGCGCUCUCCCAGAGAGCUCUACCAGACGACAUCACUGACGAAGAAUUGCAAAAAACUCCAUUUGUGGAUAAGGGAGGAAUGCAGAGGCCUUGCACAUCUCCAAAGGAGGAAUCCAGACUCCCAGAAUGCACUGGGCCUGAAGACGCCCACGAGCAGGCUGCUGCUCUGCCUCACACCCACAGUCAGUGUGCUGAUGACCUAUCACUUAGGUCUGAGACGCUAAAUGAGCAGGUGACCUCAGUCCCAGACCUCAGUUCAUGUCCUGCACUCUCCUCCUUUGUUACAUCUGUGGUGGUAUCUCCCUCCACAGCGCAGCCUGAAGUGGGUGAAUCCAUUUCUUUGACUGGAAGGAGCCAGCAGCAUUCGGCAGCCACAAACCGAGGAACUGAGGAAGAAAGUGCGGCCUUCACAGCCGACAUGAGUGACUCACAGAGACUGAGUGAGGGCAAGCUUUCUGAAGUGUCUGCAAAAUCUGAGAGGAGUCUCUUGUUGCCAGUAGUGGAGGAAGAGGAGGCUGUUCCUGAGGCAGUGGGUUUGAACUCACCAGACAAAAACAAGCCUGAAGGUACAGUGACCACACCUGGAUCAAACCCAGCCGCCACCACAGCUCACCAAACGAAGGAUCAAUUUGACAAGACAAAUGAUGUAACCCUUGACCCCAUUGUCAAUAAGGGUAAUCUUCCAACAGUCACUGCUGCGCAAGGCUCCAAUAAAGACACCCUACCUCUGAUUAACAAGUUCAAGAAGGAAAAGACCCACAGUAUGGAAGCCAUUGAGGAGCAAAAAACACAAGAGGACAGUGAGGCUUCAGUCGCCACAGAAAAAGGUGACUCAUCUGUCAUCUCUGAAAAUGUCAGCGAUUCCACCACCAAAGAUGAGAAGAACAGCCUGUCGCCAAGUGACAAAGAGAUUGAGGCUGAGUUCCACCGUCUUUCUCUAGGCUUCAAGUGUGACAUUUUCACCUUAGAAAAGAGGCUCCGCAUGGAGGAACGGUCUCGGGAUCUAGCCGAGGAGAAUGUCCGCAAGGAAGUGACUAGUUGUCAAGGCUUACUGCAGGCCCUGAUUCCACGGUGUGAGGAGGAUAACCAGUCCAUGGAGAUCAUCCAUCGCUUGCAGAAGAAUCUGGAGGUCCUCAUCCAGUCCAUGACCAGAGUGUCUAGCCGUUCAGAGAUGCUUGGGGCCAUUCAUCAAGAGAGCAGAGUGGGUAAAGCAGUGGAGGUGAUGAUUCAGCAUGUGGAGAACCUGAGGAGGAUGUACACCAAGGAGCAUACAGAGCUGUUGGAGCUCAGGGAGAACCUCACACCGAAUGAGAGGUCCUUUGGGUCUCACACUGAGAGGGAUGAUUUUAGGAACAAAAAGCCGUCAACUGCACAACUUUUCAAAGUCACUAGCCGACGCAUUAGUAUAGCUACUCUGCCCCGCACCGUUGGAGGAAAUGCCCAUUUUGACAUGCCCAAAGACACAGCAGAGACAGAGGCAGAAAGACUUUCCCGUCGGUCGCCAUGGAACAUGGCAGCCAAGAGGCCACCCCUAAAGCGCUUCAUUAGCUCUGGUACUUGGGCCGACAUUGACGAGCCCACUCUGAUGAGUAGGUAUGGCUGUGACAGAGACUCACACUCAGAGGAGCGGAAAGAGGAACCAGAGGACCGAAGGAGUAGCCUAACUGACCUAGGCAUCAAAAUCACCUCCUUCAUAAUGCCAGCCAAGAUCCCCAGCCCAACUGAUCACACUGUUCCCAGUCUGACGGAGACAAGGCCUGUAGUGUCCAGAGGCACCAGGGGUGUUUGGAUUUGGGUGGCCUUGUUCGUAGUGCUAGCUGCUCUCCUGGCCCUGUUGGCCAACUUGAUGUUACAGCCAGCAGUAGACGCAGCACCUGUGGGUACCGGGGACUCCUGGAUGACCAUCCAGCAGCUUCUGUGGCCCUACACAGGGCUGAGGCACAACGCCCAACCUCCUGUGUGACACCGG